UAGUUAUUAGUAACCGAAGAGAACGGAAUUGUGAAAACUUCCUUCCCUAAUCCGAAGUUUCAAUAACUACAUCGUCUUCUUCAUCCAAACCUUCUAUUUCUCUCAUUCUUCUUCACUCCGCAAUGGCAUUCAACUCAUCUUCCAUUCCCUCAUGGCUCUCCACCCGGACCUCAUUCGGAGUGAAACUAUGGGUUUUGAUUCUUACUUCUCUUCUCAUUUUUCUUCUUUUCGUUCUCAUUCUCACCUUCUUUUUUCACGUCUAUUCUCGUCGGAGGAACCGGAAUCGGAAUCGAAGCCGUCCAAGCAAUGAUCGUGAAGCUGCCAUUUCGGCUGAAGUUCGUCCGGAGAUGGAGAUGAAGGUAAAGAAGGGUUCCGAUCAUCAAUUUUCAUGCCAGGGUAGUCUGACUACUCAGCAAAGUAUUGUCACUGAUUGGGAGUAUUCUGCCGGCCAAUACUCUCCCAAGGCGUUUAAGGACCGGCAGAGAAGAACAUUUUCGCUGGAAGAGAUUGAUUUCGCGACGGAUGGAUUCAACGAAGAGAAUCUCAUUAGCAUCGAAGAUUUCGGUGUGGAUUACUUUGGAAAUAUGACUGAUGAUACAAAAGUAAUUGUUAAGAUAUUCAAUGCAAAUUACAGUUCUGGAGACGACGAGUUCAUCAAAGAAGCAGAGAGAAUUCGGCAUAUUAGCCAUAAAAAUCUGGUCAAGUUGCUUGGAUACUGCACCCAGGGAAUUCCUAAUAACAGGAUGUUUGUUUAUCAAAAUGUAGACAAUGGAAAUUUGCAUCAGUGGCUUCAUGGAUAUCCACAGAAACCAUUUAGCCCUCUGACUUGGUCCAUUAGGAUGAACAUUAUUCAAGGAAUUGCAAAAGGAUUAGCAUAUCUUCAUGAAGAUGUAGAACCACAAAUUCUUCAUGGCAGGCUUAGAUCCAACUGCAUAUUACUUGAUCAGUACUGGAAUCCCAAGAUUGCGAAUUUCGGACUAGUUGACCUUUUGCCUUUGGAUUACUGGCCUGGACCUUUGGUUAGAGAAACGUAUGAAUCUCUUGAUCAGAAUGAAUCAAUUAGUCCAUUCACAAAGAAGAAUGAUGUUUAUAGCUUUGGUAUACUUCUCAUGGAGAUGAUAACUGGAAAACCUCCUUCGGACUGCAAUCAAUCACAGCCAGAUUUGAUAGAGUGGGUGAAGUCAAUGAUUGGGAAUCAACAGGCAUUUGAAACAGUGGAUUCCAAAUUGGAAGAAAAACCAUCAUCAAAGCAACUUAAACGGAUGCUAUUAAUUGCUCUUCGCUGUGUUGAUCCAGACAUACAGCAUAGGCCCACUAUGGCCCAAAUUCUGCUCAUGCUUCAACCUCAAGACAUUUUACUCACCGAUGGCUGUCAAAUCGGAAUGAGUAAGUUCUUGUGAAGCUUUGGUAUGAUUGAUUACCAUUCCAUUAUUGAGAUUUUUCUUUAUUUAAAUUAUAUAAAAAAAUCUUUUUAAUUAAUUUGAAGGUUUUUUUUUUAGGUUUAUUCCCCCCUCCCCUAAAGGAUAAGAUUUAUAGAAUCGAAAUAAAAUAUUGUUACACUUGUAUAUAUUCCUAAUUUAUUGGAUUAUAAGUUUCUGCUAAUCAAAUUCUAUUUCAUUUUUUUAGAAAAAUA